GGUCAGAAACGAAAGUUUAUUCGAAAUAAGUGUAACUUAAGCGAAGAAGAGCCAACCAUGGCUCGAUACGUCGUCGCCAUUGCGCUAAUUAUGGCGGUGGUUCUUCCUGCCGUACACAUGAAGAAAGAAGAACUCAAGUCAGAACCCAAGUGUUGUCCUAUGAAUUCAAGCUGGUCAAACUGCGGAAGAAUUUGCGAACCACUGUGCAGUAACCCAGAUCCAAAAAUUUGCCCAGACAUUGCAUGCAGCCCAUCCAUCGCAGCUUGCAGGUGCGACAGCGGUUUCGUCAGAGACGAUAAGUCCGGAGAGUGUAUAAAACUCGAAUGUUGCCCAAAACAAAAAUAAUUAGCUAUCUUACAUAAUUCUUGGCUUCAACGUAGUGCUGUAUUGUUAAUAGUAGCAGUUAUUGAAUAAAUAGUGUGCUGAUUUAAUUUCCAGUGA